AUGAACUCGUCGCGUUGGGAUCUUUGGGAACGGUUUUUGGAAUUUUCUAUCUCCAAUUGGAAUCCAAUAUUCCGAGCCGUCAAAAAGAACUACCACACAGAAAAAUGCCAAGGCGGGCAAGUCUUCAAAUGCGACUUGAAAAAUGAGCACGGAGAACAAUGCGACUACCAGACACCCAUCAAAAGACAUUUGCUUUCGCACAAGCAACAGAAGCAUGAAAAGAUGUUCACCCACUGCUCAAUAUGCGGAUACAAAACUAAAUGCCAAGAUGCCAUGGAAAGACAUCGAUUCGAACGACACGAUUUGCACCAGCUUCAGCCAUGUCUUAUCCGCGAAGUGUCAGAUGAAAUGUCGACGGCGACCGAGUCGAGCUCCAUAAUUGAUGAUUUCUCGUCUCAAGUGUCAAGCAGCUCGGUUUGGUCGACUUCGGUCGAUUCCUCCAUUAUCAAGCCGACUUCUGUCAUGUCUGAUAUGGAGCUAGACCACGUGAUGGAUACUUCGAGUCGUCCCAAUUCGCCUGUGGCGGAGGAUCCUUACGGGGAAAUGGGAAAAGUCUGUGCUUUCAGGACCGCUCAAGUAAGCGACAACAGUAUCCAGCUAAAAUGGAGAAGGCCAAUUUCGACCCGCGGGGAAGUUAUUCAUUCAUUCAAUCUUCAAGUUCAAAUACUUCAUACUCAAACUGAGGCGAGCGAGGGAAGGGCGGAGAACGCCGUCCCAAUCUGGAUGGAUCUGUUGCAAGUUCAAGGAGGCAAGCACGAGGCAACCGUCACCGCGCUGGAGUGCAAUAUCGACUAUAGAUUUCGCAUUUGUGCGGUCAUGGAGAAUGGCAGAGGACCGUGGAAUGAAAUUGGACCCUUGCGCACCGGCAAGUUUAUCCUCAAUCCGCGGUUUCAACCUCCAAGGAAUAUGCUCAAGCCAAAUUCGGGUUGA